GCGGCGGCGGCGGCGGCGCGGCGAGAGCUAAAAGCACGAACUAAGCGAAGUAGAAAAAAAGAUGGCCGCCGCGAGGCUGCCAUGAAGGGGCCGCGUCGCUGCUCGCGCUCGCGGAAAUGGGACGUUGCGACAUCCGAGUGUCAUCGUCGUCUCAGUGAAGGAGUGUCAAGCGAGGUGGUGGUGAUACACCGUGGUGCCGGGGCGAGGGUGACGUGUGAGGCCGAGGGUGAGGAAUAGAAGAAGGUGGUGAAGUGCAGUGACGAGGCCAAGUGCGCACCUCGUCGCGACGACGACGACGACGAAGGAAACGUCAAACCAGUCGACGGCAAGUCAGCCGGAGAUCCGCCCGGAGAUGGCAUCCGAUGGGAUGGAAUGGGUGGAGAUCAUAGAACCGCGCACGAAGGAACAUAUGUACGCUAACCUGACCACCGGAGAAUGCGUAUGGGAUCCUCCACCGGGUGUACCUGUAAAAAAGACGGACAACAAUCAAUGGUGGGAGUUAUUCGAUCAGAACACCUCGCGAUUUUACUAUUACAACGCGACGUCUCAGAAAACUGUGUGGCAUCGCCCGACCGACUGUGACAUCAUACCAUUGGCGAAACUUCAGACGUUAAAACAAAAUACGGAGCCGGCAAGUGGUAGCACCUCUGAUACUUCGAAAACAACCGAACAGAGGAAAAAAGAAUCCGUUUCUACGCAGACGCAAACUCCCUCGGUUAGCCGGUCGACGCGAUUUAACCACCAGGAGAAUACGAACUUGGCUCCGCCUUUGCAAUCUCUUUCUCUCGGUAAUGCGAACAAAACGCGGACUUCUACGGUCGGCGUAGAUCUUCAGACUUCUCCUCCUUCCCCGUCUCCGUCAGCGAGGCGACAUCAUCAUCAUCAUCAUCAUCACAAUAACAGGCAUCAUAGGCACCAUGAGGUACCUGCGACACGUACCAGGCAGCAGAAUCACUCGCAGGACUCUGGUAGAUCCAGCGACAGUUCCGUCUCGCACAGUAGGACCUCUUUGGAGUCGACCGGUUAUCGUUUGUUGGAUUCGCCGCACCGUCAUCAUCAUCGUUCGGCUACCCAGACGCCGGCGAGCACCGCACAAUCUUCUAGGCAGCACAGUAGCAGCGGCACCCUGGAGGCCAGGUGCCACAAGAGCGGAACUUUAGAAAGCGUGAAGAAUCAGAAGUCCGUCUCGAUGGGAGAACCACCGCCGUUGGGCUUAUCGCUUUCGACUAGCACGCCCCUCUUUAAGAAGAAGACGUUCAGCGAUCCACAACGCGAAGGUAGGGCGGGAAACUUUGACCUGGACAAAAGUAAAAAUGGUAGAGAAAGUAGUAGAGGCUCGUAUGGUCCUGAGCCAAGUACCUCACCAUAUCGCGAGUCUCUUAUGGAGUCUCGGGUCUUUAGGCAGGAAAUGCCGCCGUAUCGUCCGCCGGAAGUUCAACUUAGCCAUAGUUACAAGCCGCUGAGUGAAAAGUAUGGUUCCUUAAUGGACAGUGGCAAUCGUUACCAUAGAGAUAGAGAUAGAGAAAUGCAGCAGCAACAGCAACAGCAGCAACGAGAACGGGUCAACAGUCUCGACAAGACGAACCCGUCAGCCUUUUAUCAGAGUUCCAUGCAUUCGAGAAAUAUGAAUAAGCAGCCGCAGGAUGGCACAGGUAGCAUAGGUAGGAGACAUCACGGAUGCUCGGCAUCGCUUUCGGAGGCAAAUGUCAGAGACAUGUACGGUGCAAUGUUGUCCGAGAGGAACGAUCCCGCCAAAAGCCUCGGCAGGGCUGCCGGCAUACACAGUAGUGGUAAUUCAACGAAGCAGAGAGGAGGUCUGGAGGCGGUGGAGCGCGAGAGAGAGCGGGACCGCGACAGAGAGAAGGAGUAUAGGCGAAACGCAGCGUGCAAUAAUUCACUGGACUGUGUACCGCAGCCGUUGGGUCGCAGUUACAGUUUUGUGCAACAACAAAAGCAACAACAAAAACUGAUGCAGCAACAGCUACAUCAACAACAACAGCAACAACAGCAGCAGGUUAGAAGAAGAGAACGAGACGACGAUGCUAUGCACGAACGUUAUUUGAUGAUAAGUCAAACCCACGAACAAUCAAGACAGAGACUUAGCAGUAAUACUAGCAGUAGUAACAGCAGCAACAGUAGUAGCAAUAGCGCUGCAGGCGAGGAGAUUGAGGGUCACGCCGAGGGAGACGACAGUAAGAAGAAAAGGAGUAACGGAAAUCCCAGUCCGCCACCGUCGCCGUAUUACGGCAAUCUUCUGGCUGAUGCCGAUCACCUGUUACCACUGCAACAUUAUAUCCUUCAACAGGCAAAAUUAUCAGGUUGUUACAAGUUUGGAGAUCCUUUAUUAGUAGAGGAAGGAGAAGAUUCUUUGGAUGAGGAAGGUGGUGGUAGAGGCGAAGGUGUCAGUGGAAGAGGUGAUGACGAUUCCGAUGAUCAAUUUGCUGAUGACGAAGCCGCUAGCAAUCAAGGCGAUUCUUCCAGUCAAGAAUAUCUCGAGGAUCAUUACGCGGAUUUAGGGAAUUACGAUACCGCCGGAUUAGCGACUUAUUACACCACGGCCGACACGCUGACGAGGCCACAAGCACGACCGCCCUCGCCACCCAAUAUUGUAUCUCAGACGGAAGCUAGAGACAGCGUAGUGACAACAAGGCAGAUCUCAAUGCCCACCGUAAGUUCAACUCCGAGUAUCUGUCUAUCAACGAAUGUCGAUAAUACUGACGUGGAGGAAGCGCGAAGAGACGAUAGUACGGGCGGCGGCGAUAUAGAGAAGUACGCGCAGGACAAUCUAAAUCUGAACUGCGGCAGGCCGAAAGGACUUAGACUGUUGUUUCGAAAGAAAUUUAGCGUUCGAGAUAUUCUCAGUUGGUCGAAAGACCCGAUACCUCAGCCCAUGCUUGCGAUGGUGGACGGUGAAAAGCCGCUCAAGAGGGAGGCUUGCAAUCUGUUCCGAUUGGUCCAAGUAUACAUGGGCGAUCGCAAGGCCAACGUUGGCAUGACGUUGGAUGGUGUCGCUAUGGAUAUCGUUAAUACUGCAUUUACGAAACCACCCUUGCGGGACGAAUUGUACGUACAGAUCUGUAGACAGACGACGGAAAAUCCACGAAAGGAGAGUCUGCGACGCGGAUGGGAAUUGAUGGCUGUGUGUCUAGCUUUUGUGCCGCCUAGCGCCACGUUCGAACCCUAUCUAGAGGGUUAUAUGAAUAGGCAUCGUGAUCCCAACUUUCAGUUCCCCGAGGUCGCCAAGUGGCCGAUACACGUACAAGUCAGCCAUUAUGCGACCGUGGCUUGUAGGCGAUUGCAACGAAUUGGUGUGCACGGCAAACGACAACCUCGCAAGGCUACAGUGGAGGAUAUCGACCAAGCAAGGAUACAAAUCUUUCGUGCGUCCAUGUUUGGCGCAACGCUCUCGGAAGUCAUGGCUUUACAAAGGGACCGCUUUCCACUUAGAGAGUUACCAUGGAUACAGACUACGCUGACGCAUCAGGUGUUGGUGCGCGGUGGCACAGUGACCGAGGGUAUCUUCCGGGUGUCUGCGGACGCCGACGAAGUCAGCGCGUUGAAAUCCUGCUUGGACAGGUUCGAGGACGGAGCGAUACUGGCAGUUUCUCAGGAUGCUCACGCGCCCGCCUCCUUACUGAAAUUGUGGGUACGCGAGUUGUACGAGCCACUGAUACCGGACUCUUUUUAUGUGGAAUGCGUGUCUAUGCGGCACGAUGAUCCGAAAGCCUCCGCGGGAUUUGUGGCCGCGCUUGUCGACCGUUUGCCAGAUCUUAAUCGACGUGUGUUGUGUCAUCUAAUACAUUUCCUGCAGAUAUUCGCUAGAUCCGAAGUGGUCGUGCGCACUAAAAUGGACGCCAAUAAUCUUGCGAUGGUGAUGGCGCCGAAUGUAUUGCGGUGCACGUCCCAAGACCCUCGGGUGAUCUUAGAGAACGCGCGGAAGGAGAUGGCCUUCGUCCGUACUCUCAUCGAGUCACUAGAUACCAGUUGGGUCGAUGAUCUUCACUGACCGCAUCCUAUCGUGCUAGAAAAAAGUCCGCUCUAGACUAUUAUGCCAAAUGAAUCAGCUGUAUAGUCACGUCUAUUGUUAGUUACGUCUCUCUCUCUCUCUCUCUCUCUCUUUCUCUCUAUCUCUUUCUCUCACUGUUCUCGAUUUAUCUCCACUCUUCUUGUUUGUCCAUCGCGUCACCGAUUUCUCCCAUAGUCCUCUAUAUAAAUGUUCUUCGUAACGGUAAUUUAGUGCUAAAGUCUUACCAAUCAAGCUAAUCAACCAAUCCGCUCCCUUAUUUCCUAUUUAUUAUUUAUAUGCAGAUUCUAUGUUAUACGACAGAUUAGAGAUUAUUAGAUUAUAUUAUGUAUAUCGCUAUAUAUAUAUCAUAUAUAUUUUACCAAUCCCUUGUUACCGCGUCGAAUAACGUGGACGGCUUUUUACUCGAUCAUUGUUGAAUCUCGUGUAAGAUAAGAGAAAAAAAAUGAAAUCAUAUGUUACCGUGUAUAGCUACGCUCCGCGAUGAUCUUUUUGUAUAAGCGACGGAUUAACGUGUAAAGCGUUUUAUCGAGGAGUAAACACUGCGAAAGAUUAGCAAGCUGUA